AUGGGGAAAUCUGCCGCGCCCGCCGAUGCGGCCAAGCGCCGGCGCUGUUCUCCGACGGAGCGGCGGGCUCCCCAAGCAGCAGGGCCGUUUAGGGCGUGCUCCCGGACUUGGCAGCAGCAGCACCUGCCGGGUCCCGCUGGUGUGCUCGUACUCCGGUGCCUGGCGGGGACUGCGCACGCACUCCUCCGACUACCCGACACCGCCUUCCUGAGUGGCGUUUUGAAUUUAUCCACGGUCCCCGCUUGGGGCCAGUAUCGCUCACUGUGGCAAGCUGAAGGUCCGUGGAGCCAACGUCGUGGCCGGCUAGAGCUACCACCGCGGCUGCUGGCCGUCGAGGCAGUGGUGCAAGACCUGGACGUGGGGCGGCGCCUCGCGAAGACGUGCCGGUCCCUGCGUCCCUUCCUGAAGCAAAGGGCGUCGUCAUUGCAAGCUUUCAUGAAGAAACGCUGCAGAGAAGUGGAGCACGAGGUGACAGAGCGCCGGCAGCGUGAAGCCCUGGAAAUUCGGGAUCUGUGCCAGCACCCUCUCCACGACCUGCUGGACCGC